AUGGCGACUUCACUGCCCACCGAAGCCCGCGGGACCAAGCGCAAAGGCGAAGACGUCGACAACGAGGAUAUUAUCAGUCCAGAGGCGCAGAAGAUCAAGACGUUUAUUCGUGGCGGAUUCCACAAGGUCCUAGCCAAACUUGGAUACCACAGAGAGAUCAGCAAGUCAGACUUGCGUUCGGAUCACGAAAUCACCAACUCCUGCCUGGCCGACUUGGCCAAGUCUUUGCCACAGAAAUUUCCCAUCGCUGGUCCUGGCAGAAGCCUAUGGAAGUGCCAUGCGCAGGUCGCCGCCACCUACUCACCCGUCAUGCGGGGUCUGAUUGAGAAGCAUAAGCAGAUCUUUGUUAUGGAAGACUGGCCUGCGUACGCCAUCGACGCCAUGGUGGACUUCUUUCGUCACCACAAGGCUUACCGCAUCAUCACUCCUCUCGACCGCCACAAGCUCAUGUACUUGGACCCUAAAUCCGACGCUUCCGUUGAAGCUAUUCCUUCCGAUGUGUGCCUCGCUCACGUUCACCUCGAUAUCUUCAAGCUAGCAUAUGACUGGAAUAUCAACCAUCUCCAGGAAUUCGCUCACAAUGCAUUGGUCAAGGCAUUGGCGGGUCAGCCUACGCUGGCUCAGUUCAAGCACAUGCUUGUUAGCACUGGCAUAUUUACAGAAAAGUAUUGCACGCCUCCUGCUUCCGAGGAUCAUCUUCUGAACCUGGUGUUGAUGGCUUUGGGUACUUAUGGUGCUAUGGUUCACGAUGCCUGGAUGAGGGAAGAGAAUCGUCAAGAAUAUGUCAACCUCUACAUUGUCGCACCUUAUUUCGCCGUCUAUCGCGAUCUGGCGACACCAGGACAUAGCGUCCAUUUUGCUGAGUGGUCAAAGGAGGUAAACGCGAAGCGGCAGAAGAUCGAGGGCUCCGGUUCCAUGCAAUUGUCAUAG